CGGCACGGGCCGCCCACAGACCGUGACAGCAGGACAACAUGGAUCCCCUGCCCGGCCCCUUUAAGGCGCCCACCUCCCCUCCUCCCCCCUGGUGACGUCAUCACUGCUCGCCACACGUUCGCUCUUCCCGCUCGUUCUGCGCCAAUCGCGCGCGCCGGGCCCGGAGCGCUGAGAGCGCCGAGGAUGGCUCCCUCACCAACCAAACGCAAGGAUAGGUCUGAAGAGAAAUCAAAGGACCGAUCCAAGGACAAAGCAGCCACUAAGGAAUCGGGUGAAAAGGAUCGUGGUCGGGACAAGACGCGCAAAAGGCGCAGUGCUUCCAGUGGGAGUAGCAGCACCAGGUCCCGCUCCAGCUCCACUUCCAGCUCAGGAUCCAGUUCCAGCACUGGUUCCAGCAGUGGCUCGAGCUCCUCUUCUGCCUCAAGCCGCUCUGGGAGCUCCAGCACCUCACGCAGUUCAAGUUCCAGCAGCUCCUCUGGAUCCCCCAGUCCGUCCCGACGGAGACAUGACAACAGGAGGCGGUCCCGCUCCAAGUCCAAGCCACCGAAGAGAGAUGAAAAGGAGCGGAAGCGGCGCAGCCCAUCACCCAGACCUACAAAAGUGCACGUUGGGAGGCUCACUAGAAACGUCACCAAGGAUCACAUCAUGGAAAUUUUUUCCACUUAUGGAAAGAUUAAAAUGAUUGACAUGCCAGUUGACAGGCUAAAUCCACACCUCUCUAAAGGCUACGCUUAUGUGGAGUUUGAGAACCCAGAUGAUGCUGAGAAAGCCCUGAAACACAUGGAUGGAGGGCAGAUCGAUGGGCAGGAGAUCACUGCCACAGCUGUACUGGCACCACGGCCCAGACCGCCGCCUCGGCGCUUCAGCCCCCCCAGGAGGAUGCUGCCCCCACCCCCCAUGUGGCGCAGGUCACCCCCUCGCAUGAGGAGAAGGUCUCGCUCCCCGCGCCGCAGGUCUCCUGUUCGCCGGCGCUCGCGGUCCAGGUCUCCGGGACGAAGGCGCCACCGCAGCCGCUCCAGCUCCAACUCGUCACGAUAAAGCAAAAAAAGAAUGGACAGCUUUUUAUUUUUUAACUUAAAUUCCGCGAAAAUAAAUAUUGUACCUUUUUUAUAAUGGGUCUAGGAGAGGAAGGGAGAGAGGGGGAGAGAGAGGAUGCAGUGGAGGUAACAGAGAGGAGACGGCAGCAGCUCCCGGCCAUUGGGCAGCCUCUGCUGCGGGGCUUGGAAGUUUCCUGGCAUUGAAUUGGCAUUAUUGACAAACAGCCUCGAUUUUUAUGUUUUAGUUUUGUUUUUUCCCGGCUAUAAACCCACCGUGUCCUGUGCUGGUUGUGCGGGGCUGCUCUGGCCCCUUUGUCCAGUGAGUUCACAAUGCUUUGUGUGCUGUAAGGGUGAGCGUAUCGAUCUCGAGCUGUUUGGAAACGCUGCAGAACGGGACAGGGAGCCUCAGGGCUGGGACUGAGCGGCUCG